UAACCUUGGAAAGGGAGAGAGUUGAUUUAGUAGAGAGGAAAUGGAGUUUGUGGUCCUCACACACACAUACAUAAUUCUUCUCCUCUUCUCCUUUUCCACAAGGGUCUAUUAUUCCUCGCUACCUAUAUAUAUUUAUGUGUAGCUUAAAUAUAUUUCUUCAUUCCUCUAAAAAAAAAAAAAUAAUUGUGUCUUCUUUUCUCUUUCCUUUUCUCUCUUUCUGUUUAUACCUUUUCUUUUUCUUAUUCUUAGGUCUGAGAAAAUGGAACCCAACAGAGCUCAGGGGAAGAGGAGCCACAAAUGCAAGAUAGAGGAUGAGAUAGAAGAGGAGGAAGACGAAGACGAAGACGAAGACGACGACGUUUCGGGUUUAGGGUUUGGAAGUAGCAGUAGUGAAGAUAUCAUGAGGAAGAAAAGACCAGCCCAGUAUAGUAUUAACUCUUCUUCUUCAACCUCAUCUUGUGGUGCUGUUGUUAGGAGAUCGGGAUCCAGUGCGGGAGGGUCCACGAGACCUCCUUCUUGUCAAGCUGACAACUGUAACGCUGACUUAACUGAGGCCAAACACUACCACCGUCGGCACAAGAUCUGUGAGUUUCACGCCAAGGCUUCCGUUGUCAGUGUCGCCGGCCUCCAACAACGCUUUUGCCAGCAAUGUAGUAGGUUCCAUGGGCUGUCAGAGUUUGAUGAAACUAAAAGGAGUUGUCGAAGGCGCUUGGCUGGUCACAAUGAGAGGCGUAGGAAAAGCUCAUCUGACCUUCAUAGAGAAGGGUCCAAUUGAGAACAAAACCGAUUGAUCAUAAUAUACUAUCAUCAUUAUUAUUACUAUAUAUAUGAGAGCAGAACCAAGAUAAUGGAGUAAUUAGCUAUCUUUCCCAUAGUUAUUGACUCUUUCAAACUACUAAAGUCGUUCACUUCUGACCAAUGAUCGAUAUAAAAGAUCGUAUGUGGUGAUCCUAUCCCCAUUGAUUCUAUGCUCUCUCUCUUCUGUCAACCCUUUGCCACUAGCGUAUUGUAUGACAAUAUAUAUAAUCUUCCAAGGUACGUAUAGUACUAUAGUAGUGCUCUUUCGAGGAAAUGUUGGUACUUAUUUGAUGAUUGGAAAUUGUAUCAUCAAAUCGAGAUUAGUACUGCUGUUGUUUAUGCCAAACUUUUGAAGCAUUUCUUUAGUCAUUAGUAAUUUCUGCCUUGUUGAAUUUUCUUAUCACGAUUUGAUCAAAUCCUCCUACUCUCGUACGUAUAGAGUAGUUGUUAACAAGGAUCAUGUCUCGUAACAAAAAACUAUCAUGGAGUUCUUCAAACGGUGACUAAUUUCAUUUCAAGAUGAUUUCUUUUUAAA